AUGCCGGCCACAGAUGCUCUCCCUAAUGUUGAUGCUCAAGAGCCCCCGCUAACCAAGACGGAGCGUGAGAUUUGCAAAGCAUACGGCGGCUGGGGCAGUUUUAUGCAGUCCAUGGGCCUCAAGCCGUGGGAGUCCGAUGACGCGGAAGAGGGCAAGGCUAUCAUAGCCGCCUUUGCCAGCGACAAAGAAGAGGAGGAUAAAACUGCCAACAAAACAAGCAAUGCCAACAGCGGCGCUGGACGCGGAUAA